AUGACAAAACAAGAUCAAGAGCAGGGCCUUCUUCAACGGUCAAAUAACGACUUUUCAGAAGCAAGCACCCAUACAGAUUCGAUCGCUGAUGCAGAUGUUGUCACGGCGUCUACCUCAUUCUUGUCUGAUUUGAAUGCCAGUGGUGGAGAAACGGGAUCAUUCUCUGAGAAGGUGGAGAAAUCUGUGGAGGUAGAUCAUGUUGCACUCACAAACGAAGGUUGUAAGGUGGAAUUGAGAACAACCGUCCAUGUCCCAGUAUUUCGAAGCGAAGAGAUCAACAAAUUUCGUUACAAGUUACCUGUCGUUGGACAAGAACAGGAGAUCGUAGAGGCCAUUCUCGAGAAUGAUAUCGUGAUUCCGCGCCGUAUCGCCGCUGUGUCGAUGUCGGCGAGGGUGGCAGAGGAGAUGAACCUACCGUCGGAAAUCGUCUCUUACCAGAUCAGGUACGAGGGAAACGCAUCUGACAAGACACGGGUGAAAUUCAUGACCGAUGGUGUGCUGCUGAAAGAGGUUCAGCGCGAUCUGCUGUUGUCGAAAUAUUCAGUGAUCAUCGUCGACGAGGCACAUGAACGCAGUAUUUAUAGCGAUAUUCUCAUAGGACUGAUGUCCCGCAUUGUGUCACUGCGUGCAAAGCGCAACGAUCGUUUGAAAUUGGUAAUUAUGUCCGCAACGCUGAACGUCAAAGAAUUUUUGUCCGAUCGUCUAUUUAAAAGCACUCCGCGUUUCAUUGAGGUUCCAUCACGUAUGUUUCCAGUUUCGGUGCAUUUCAGUCGUCGUACGGACGAUUUGUAUUUGAACAGUGCAUACAGAAUGGUUGUUCAAAUCCACAGGUACAUGCCUGAUGGUGGAAUACUAGUAUUCGUAUCUGGCAAAAAGGAGGUGUGUUUGUUGAUCAAAUGGUUGCGAAGUACAUUUCCAUCAGCGAAAGCAGUUUCAGCGAAGAACGACGAUGAAAAUAUGGACGAACAAAUUUUAAAAGCGGAUUCGCGCAAAAGUCAUAAAAGGAAGCGGGCAAAGCGUACAGGCUACGUGACUGAAAAUAUUGAUUUAAACAGUUACGACAUCGAAUCUUUCCUGAAGACUGACAAUACGGACCUAAACGACAGAGAUGCUUUGGAUGGUGACUGUGACUUAGCCGAUGAGGAGAAUUUCAUGAAUCCUUACCUCAAUUUUGAACCAGAAGACACACCUUUGUACUGUCUACCACUUUACUCGAUGCUUCCUAGCCAUAAACAGAAGCAGAUCUAUGACCCGCUGCCGUCUGGAAGUCGCUUCUGUGUGAUCGCUACCAAUGUGGCCGAAACUUCGUUGACGAUUCCUCACAUAAAAUAUGUCGUGGAUACGGGCAAAGAAAAAGUCAGGCUCUACGACACUGUCACUGGUGCUUCGAAGUUCGUCGUGCAGUGGAUUUCCAAAGCGUCUGCCAAUCAACGAGCCGGUCGAGCCGGGCGAAUAGCUCCUGGUGAAUGCUAUCGACUUUAUUCAUCGGCUGUCUUCUCUGAUUUUCUUGACUUCUCUGUUCCCGAGAUUUUGAAUAAACCACCCGACGAACUCGUUUUGCAGAUGAAAUGUAUGAACAUCGUGAAGGUUCAUAAUUUUCCUUUUCCCUCUCCUCCAAGUGGUCAAAGUCUUCAGGAAGCUGAGAGUCGGUUAUGUAAGCUCGGUUUGUUAGAAGUUUGUAAGGAUGAUAGCGGCUCAGAACGUAUGAAGGUCAAUCGUUUGGGUCAAACAGUCGCGUUCUUUCCGGUUAGUCCACAGUAUGGUAAAAUGAUUUGCCUGGCUAACCAGCAUGGAUUGCUUCCUUACGUUGUAUGUCUCGUAGCAGCACUGUCCGUACGAGAACCAUUAGUCAACAUCGUCGACACAACCGACUCUGAUGGAAUUCAAAAAGAGAGCGAGCGCCUGUCCAAAAUACGAUAUGAUUGGGCAGGUUCUGGCCAGUCGUUUCUACUGGGGGACUUGGCCGUUUUGCUGAACGCCGUCCUUCAGUUCGAAAGCAGCUACUGCAGUGUAGAAUCAUGUGAACACCUGGGAAUGCGUUUCAAGGCCAUGAAGGAAGUGCACCAGUUGAGGAAGCAGCUGACCAAUAUUGCUAACGGCGUCUUCCCUCAGGUUAACUUGACCCUUGAAGCAUGCCUGCCUCCGUUGACUACUCAGCAGUAUCGGCUACUUCGACAACUAAUACUCUCAUGUCAGGGUAACAACUUGGCCAAAAGAUAUGAGUUUUCUCCAGAAAAUGCUGACACUAAGUUAAAAAACUCAUAUUGCUCUGGAAUCAUGCAGGAACCGCUGUGGAUCCACCCGACAUCGGUAUUAUGCAAGCGCUUGCCCACGUGGCUGCUUUAUCAGGAAAUAAUCGACAGCGGCCGCAAAUAUAUGCUGAACGUGAUGGCUGUCGAACCCGAAUGGCUACCUCAAUUUGCCAGUGUAUAUUUGUGA